AUGAUCCUGGUGACCUAUUUUCUGUUCGUGCCAUUCCUUCCCAUUCCCAUCGUCAUCUUGGCCAUUACUAUUUCUCGCAAGACCAGAACCGAAAGGCUUGGAAGCGCCCGACUAUCGUUCAGCGCGUUAACGACUUACAAGAAUACACCAUCGAAAGACAAUGAAGCGUGGCUUGACAGGAAGUGGUGCUUCUACCUUUUCAACUUCACCCUCGAGACGAUCGACAUCUAUCUAUAUGUACUGCUUAGAGUCGACCGACGAUUCCAUAUUUCAAAUGGCACCAGCGGUCCUGGAGAUUAUAGAGCGGGACAGAGUCCCUGGGAGAAGCCACAAGAAUCUGGAGACAUUGGUGCUGGUUGCCGUAGAGUCAACUCCGAGGAAGAAAUGUUCAACGACCAUAGGCCAACAGGACCUCACCAGCACUGCAUCACCCCGAAGACGGUGGUCUUCCAGGGCUACUUUACCGCAGUCUACAAAAGUUACAACAGCAACGACAUUCAUGUGACACGGACUAUGAACCCUGGUGACGAUGGCACCUUCUGGGAUCUGUUCCAUCUGGACGGCCAGACUACUGAUAAGGCCGACCUAGACUGCAGCGUUUUGAACAAGAAGCUGUUUAUUGCGUACAAAGACAACAGCUCGGCGCCGAACUGUGGGUGGCAGCGAGCUCUGACUGGAAAACCCGGCGCACACGGCAGAUUUACCAUGAAUAUGCUUAUGGCGUCGCAUUAA